CACUAAGUCUCUUGGCACUUUCCAUUUAUUGUAAGCGAAGUUAGAUAGAUGGGGGCGAAGGAAGCAGAGCCGGCGCCGGAGGGCACACGCCCCAUGAUGAUUUCGAUGCGAGAAAUGGAGACGUUAGGCCUCAAAACCGGCAGCGGGUUACGCGAGACCGUCGAGUUUAAGGUGUUCACGCGACAAGAAGUGCUCGACCAGAUCGCCCAGGUGGGCUUCAUGUGUCCGUUCCACGAAUUCCGAGCCGAGAUCGCCAAGAUGCCGGCGGGGGACGACAUUCUCAUUGUGGCCGACCCGAACGAGACGUACGGCGAGAACUGGCUGCUUUGUCUUACCCGUCGCGCGUUCGACUCGCAGAUGGAGCUGAUCAAGCGUCGAGAACAGGAUCGACUCGAUGCUCUUGCAGCUCAGGAGAAAGAGAAUACUGCAGAUGCGAACGAUGUAUCCAAGAUCGUGUAUGAGGACAAGCCAAUGCUCUCACGUCCGUGGACGUCGGUCACGGCACGUGAGAGCCAUGAAGACGUUGAAGCUCUUAGUGUUGUGCCCUCUCGUCCUUUGAUAACGAUGUCAGUCACGAAAAUGUCCGACGAACUCAAUGCAGACUACAAGUUUAGCGAUCGAGACGCGGAUCAAUGUUUUGUGGAGUGGAGACAGCAUAAGGAUCCUAACUACGAACUCACACGUUUAGAGCAAGAUGUAGGUCUUCAAGGAACACCUCCAUUAGUGGACAGCACGACGCAGACGAGUUGGUUCCGCUCCGUCAACAGCGCGCUUCAAUACGAGCCGAUUGUCAUGGAACCAACGCGACGUCGAGCCGAGAUGGACAGCGACAAGAUCCAAGCCUUCUUAGCGCGUAUACUGCCUCGAGUAGAGCGGGCUUUACAGCAAAACGAGACGCUGGAUGUGUUUCUAGACCCGUUUGCCCACUUGUUAGAGGAAGAGGACGCUUCACUGGGCAACAAGAACAACGAGAACGCCAUGCGGGAACUCAAAAGCUUCACGGAUCUCGUGUACAGUAAGAACAAGACUCUACCAGCGAUUGACUGGCACCCGAGACGACACGGCGUCAUUGCAGUGGCAGCGGUGGCUAACGCUUCGUUUGCACGGCGUCUCGACCUACUGGACACCGUCGACAGCUCGUUUAUCCUCAUCUGGAACUUCGUGGACCUCAUCCAUCCUCAGAUCAUGCUGGAAUCACCUCAAGACGUUCUGACCAUGCGUUUCAACCCUGCAGCUCCACAUCUCGUAGCUGCAGGUCUUUACAACGGCCAAGUGCUCGUGUGGGACUUCUCCAAGGCGGAACAUUUGCUCUCCAAGAUGAAAACGACCAAAAACGCUUCUGGUCCCGCUGGACCAAAUGCUUCAAAAGGUGACGACACGCACAAACAAGUACCUCCUGUGAAGCCUUUGUACGUGUCGUACAUUGAUGUGAGUCACCGCAGACCCGUAGCAGAUCUGCAGUGGCUGCCUGCAGGCGUUGAAGUCAAUAGUCGAGGUCACGUUGUGGCAUCUACUGGAGCUGACGCAGGCGCUGUCAACCAGUUCGUGACGAUAGCAGCGGAUGGUCAAGUUUCCUUCUGGGAUCUACGAUUUAAAGACCCCAAAUACCGCGGAAUGACCCGCGCUAAAGUCGAUAAAGCUGGCACCGCUGGCGCUAAGGACGGCACAACGCCGGAUGUGCAUUUUGUGCCGAUUUACUCCAUUUCGUUGGCCAAACUCGACAGUCCGGGAGAGUUAACAUUGCAGACGCUUUGGCUAGAGAAGACACGCGAGGAAACCGGUGUUGGAAGUGGCGAGGGAGGCGUGUUGCCACUCACUAGUAAAUUCUACUGUGGCACAGAGGAAGGAGAGUUCGUCUAUGCGGAUUGGCGUCCUCACGCACCAGUGAAAGGCGGUAACAAGGCGGACGAUGGAGGCAGAGGAGAUGAAGGUGUCGAGUACGUGCAGUGGUUGUGUCGAGACCAUUCUCGACCAAUUUUGGGUCUUUGUGCGUCUCCAUUCUUCCCCAAUAUCUUUUUGACGGCAAGCGAGUCACAUUUCCACCUCUGGAAUGUUUCACAGCAGCAUGAAGGUGCUGGAGAUAACACGUCCAAUGGGCCUAUCUUUGUGUCGCCACUCACACCAUCGGUUAUUACGUGCGUAGCGUUCUCUCCGUCACGACCAGGAGUCAUUUUCUUAGGGAAAGCCGAUGGAAUGCUGGAAGUUUGGGACUUCUUGGAUCAAUCGCACCGAUCCAGUUUGUCUAUCGGCGUCACGGCGUGUGCACUGACGUCGAUUGAGUUCCGACCGCAACUUGUGACCAAUCCAAGUGGAACUUCAGCAAAUGCCACCAAUUCUAGCGGUGCAGGAGCUGGAGCUGGUCGAGUCAAGCCAACGGACGGUACUGGAGCACGAGGGCGUAAUAAUCCAGGUCAAAACGCACCAAACAAUACCUCAACGAACAUUAAGCAACAACUUGUUGCAGUCGGGGAUCAGAUCGGUAAUUUGCACAUUUUAGAGGUGCCUCGAACGCUGUCACGACCGACUAGUGGCGAACGAGCAGCUAUGGAGGCCUACUUUAAACGUGAGAGCGAACGGAUGAAAGCUGCUCGCGCCUCGAAAACGGGACUCUCGGAGGGUGGCGCUCCAAGCUUACGGCAGAAUCGUGGAGAAGACGGAGUUCCACCCGGAAUAGCAGCUGCGAACAAUAUGUCCUCGAUGCCAGGCAAAGAGGCUGAUUCGACGCGUCCUGCACACACUGGAGCAGAUGACGACAUUUUCAAGCAAAUGGAGAGCGAAUUCUGCCGUGACAUGGGACUCGAGACAGCACGCAGCGCUUAAAACAAUUGCCGCUACGACGACCACUUUUAUCCUAACUUGGAUACUUUUGCUAUAUCACGACAAAAAAAGGCGCCUCUUUUUGCUUUACGACACAAAAUUAAGCCCCUACUACCGUCUCAUCCAAUCACAAGUGUCCGUCAAGUGGGUACACUUUUUGGUAACUGCCCGACUCAAAAGGCACUUCCAACCAACUUUGACAUUUUUAACCCAUUGCUGUCUUCACCAC